CAAGUUUGACCACAAAACCAGUUGAUCAGGUUGUCCUUGAAGGCAAAGAAACUACCAUCCACUGUGCUGCAGAUGGGAACCCUGUGCCUGAGAUAAAGUGGAUGAAAGAUGGCAAGACUGUGGCUACUCAAGGAUUGCUUAUCUUUGAAGCUAUGAGGAAUCAAUCUGGGAAAUAUUGGUGUUCUGUGGAAAAUGGACUGAAUUCUACUGUUAAUGCUAGUGCUACUCUUGAUGUUCAGUAUUUGCCAAAUUUUGUGAACAAGCCUGUUAACCAAACAGUAAAAGAGACUGACAUGGUAAUGUUUCAUUGCAAUGCCACUGGAAACCCAUUGCCAAAUGUAACUUGGUACAAGGAUGGAAAGACUGUGGCACAUGGAGAGACACUAAGAUUUGAAAGCAACAGGAAUAAUUCUGGAAAUUACUGGUGCAUGGCAGAGAAUGGCUUAAAGACAGUAAUGAACACCAGCGCAUAUCUUGAUGUGCUUUUUGCACCAAGCCUAACCACUGCACCCAGUAACCAAACAGUUCUUGAGUCUGAUGAAGCAACUUUCCAAUGCAUUGCCACUGGUAACCCAACCCCAAAGAUAACGUGGACUAAAGAUGGGAUGACUGUGGGUUCUGGAGAGAUUCUAAGAUUCUCAGCAAGCAGGAACCAAUCUGGGAAAUACUGGUGUUCAGCAGAGAAUGGAUUCAAAGCCACUGUCAAUGCUAGUGCCUAUCUUGAUGUGCAUUGUAAGUAA